CUUCAAGUUCAAAACUGGUUAUCACCAUGUCAGAGUAUGAAUCAAUAAAGGCUCUCCACGACUCGUUACCCCCAUUUCGGCCUCUGAUUAGCGUCGCGCUCCUUCCAUACCUCGCGCUUAUCCUUUUAGCUUCAACUUUUGCUCUGGCUUUCUACUCCUCUAUCCUUCCGAAGACUACAAUACCUGGGAAGGAGAUUCCGCUGGCAGUCACGGCCAGUAUUCUUGGCGGGUUUGGAGUGGUGGCACUCUUCUGCACAGUGGGAGUCUACGUAUAAACACGUUCUGCUUUGUGCUGGAUGCUUGCAUCCUACAUUUCAUCUGGUCACUCUAUCAUUAUAUCUCUUCGGAAUAUCCAAAUCAAUGAUUCCUCCCCACUAUGAUGACCUUUCGUACGAAUAGGUAUAUCGGGGCUCUGGGAAGCUUGCGUCUCGUAGGAUGCCUGUUAAAGAUUUCAGCAUAAAAAUUCCUUGAGAUUAAGACAAACGAGUGAAUCACAAAAAUAAG